AUGAAGCCCAUCCUCGCCCUCCCCAUCUACCUCCUCAUCCUCCACCCCAUCCACGCCCAAAACCUCGGCAGCGAUCUCCUCGACGUCGGCGGCGAUCUCGCCUCCAUCGCCGGCUCCGCCAUCAGCGACGCACGCGCCGACACCACCAACGCCGCCGCCAUGACCUCUCUCUCCUCCGUCGCCGCUAGCGCCGCUUCCGUCCUCAGCGCUUCAGCUGCCUCCCACGUCGCCUCGCUAGAGGCUCAAAUCACCGGAGCAGAAGGCACAGGUGCCGCCGCCGCCGCCGCCGCCGCCCCGUCCAUCUCGUCGGAGAUUAGCUCGGUUACGGCAAACGCGACCGCGCAGAUCAGUAGUUUGAGUGUCAGCGUAUCUAGUGCGCUGGGUGCCAUGUCGGGCGAGUUGAGUGUGCAGACCGCCAAUGCGGCUGGGGCGGUGGGAUGGGAGGGCGCACCGGCGGUGGGAAAGCUGGGUGGCUUGCUGUUGGGGGUUGUGGCUAUUCUCUGA